UGUGUGUGUGACAGGAUAGAAUACCAGCAGUGGGUGUGUCAGCAGCACUACCUACCGGCCCCCCCGGAGCAAGGUGGCUGCGAUGGUGACCCCCACCGGGCCUGUUCCCAGAUUCUGCGGUCCGUGCUGGACCUGCACAGCGGACGGCAGGGGAGCCGGAUCCCAGACACGGACACCUGUCUCCCAGAUAUCGUCUCCAGGCUGCAGGUGCUGCGGUUAGACAGCUGGGCCCCGUUAAUCGAGCUGCCCAUGCGCAGAACUCUCGUGUUGACGAUACCCCCCCACCUCCCGCAGGAGUUCAUGGGAGAGCUGGAGCUGACUCCUCCGUCCUCCGAAUCCGAGGACGACAGCGGGAUCUUCCUGCUGGAUUUGGUUUCUCAGAGGUGCUCGGCGACCUCUGACCCCCAAGCUCUAAGCAGCCAGCUGGACCUGGAGCGUACUCUCCACAACUGGGGGAGGGUCGUGGUUGCGCUUCCUGUCACGGCUUUAGUGACAGUGAGAACCCGGCAGGGCAGGACGUCUCUGGACUGCAAGGCCUUCAUGGAGCAUGUGAACCACGCACACAGGAACAUGUGCGAUUCGGUUGGCCGGCUCCCUUACACCCUCACGGCGCAUUUCUUCAAGGGGGUGCUGUACACCAGCCUGCGCUGUAAGCACCCGAGCCAUGCUGUAGACGACCUCCUGUCCCAGCUUCCUCAGCAGUGCCCGUUGCUUCUGGUGUCUGCAGGGGGUUGGUGGUCACCGCUGGGCUCCAUCCUGACGUCUCUGUGGACCCGGCUAACAGGAAGCCGACUGCCACAGGAAAUACAGCGUCUGGCCGACUGUUACAACUGGGCCUGCAGUACAGUUAGAGGGGAGGUGGUGCCCCCCCCAAUGGCAGAGCCGCUGCUUCUGGCUGCUUGCUUGCACCAUGUGGGGAGGGGGCAGGGCGGAGACUGGGGGAUCAGGACCACCCUGGGGCGGCUGGAGAAACUGCAAGAGCAGCGCAGGCCGCUGCUGGUCUUCCUGCUCUUCUUCUGCGUGAUGGACCUGCUUUCCAUCCUCAUCCAGCCCCCGGUACGUUCUCACCCCGCCGCUCGGACUCGAGCCAUUUUUCAACCCGCUGUGUUUUACGUUGGAAUCUGUGGGGCUGUGUCUCAGGAGACAGACCGUGCCAGGCGACUUCAGGAGGCCUGUCUGGAGGUUCUCAGCUACUUGGCGGACUCCCCCGAUUGGCUGCUGCUAUUUAAGUCACCCGCUGCAGAACAGCGUGAAUAUCAGGCUGUGUCCAUGACGACGACAGACAGGAACAUCAGACUGAUGCCUUUGGCUUUCUACAGCCUGGUGUCCCACUUGGACACAGAUGUUUUGGGAAAGGUGACCAGGAGCCCGGGCUUUCUUCUUACGGCGCUGCGCUCCUAUUCCGCCCUGACCAAGCUCUUCCUAGACGGCCUGAUUCCCUCCCCCGGACAGCCCCCCCCACUGCAGGCUGUGGCGGAGGCCAAGCAGGUCCUGCUGAAGAUCAUCUCGCAGAGCAGCGUGCAGAGCAGCUCCUCGCAGGCCCAGUUGGAGGCAGCCUGUGGGGAGAUGGACCCGGAGGUAGCCGCCGCCUUGUCCUCGCACCUGCUCUACCAUCGCCAUAGCGACCCUCUCUAUGGCGACCUGGACUACUUGUGAGUGUGGGCACAGCCUGAACCCCCAUCACUGCUCUGCCCACCGUGGCGACAUUGACUAUAUCAGUGGUUUCUGUACCAGGGCGGCCCGAAGAGCGGGGGACGUAGGGGGGGGGGCACGGCCCAGCAGUCAUGCCGCAACCUCUCGGCAGUUUAUGGGCUGUAUAAAGUAGAGCAAAAUUAUGGUUGAGAUGGUACCUUCUGUUGGCAUCAGGACCACCCUGGGUGGUUCACACAGACCACACAAACCUCGCUGCUACAUUUGAGAUGGUUCUGUUAAGACACCGCCAUUAAAAAACCAGCUGUACA